AUGACUUCCACACCAACAAGCGCGUAUGUGAAGAGAUCGCCAUCAUCCCCAGUAAAAAGCUGCGCAACAAGAUCGCUGGGUAUGUCACACACAUCUCAUGAAACGCAUCCAGAGAGGCCCUGUCAGAGGCAUCUCCAUCAAACUGCAGGAGGAGGAGAGAGAGAGGAGGGAUAA